GUGGGAGGAGGCAGACAAGCAUCAGGAUAGGCUGAGUUUCACCUGCCGUGAAAAGCUGUAUCCUGAGCAGAGUGCAGAGCAGAGAGGGGGGCCACAAUGCUCAGGUUAGAUAAAGAUGUGGACAUACGUGAGAACAAAGUGAAAGAGACCUGAGAGGAAUGACAGACUCAGACACUCUCUGAGCACUCGAGUUUGUGGGUCAGGUUUUCUCAAGCAUGGCGGCUAUUUGGCGGUUUGCUCUUUUUCUCUGCAUGUUGCUGAUGGUGUCCAGCAGUGACACAGGACACGAACCCCCCGAAGAAGACGCCUCGAGUUCAAAGUCGGACACAUCGAGUGGGACGGACUCAGGCCAUGACACGAGUGGGGACAGUGGACAAAGCGGGACGGACUCAGGCCAUGACACGAGUGGGGACAGUGGACAGAGCGGGACGGACUCAGGCCAUGACACAAGUGGGGACAGUGGACAACACGGGACAGACUCGGGCCAUGACAGUGGGGACGGUGGCCAUGGAGGAGAGCCCAUCACCACUCUACCUAUUGUGAGCUGGAAGUGGCACCAUGUCUCCACCCCGUACCUGGUGGCCCUCUGGAUCCUGGUCAGCUGGCUCUGCAAACUCAUCAUCGAGGCCAACCACCAUGUGACCAGUGUGAUCCCCGAGAGCGCCCUGCUCAUCUGCUUUGGCUUCAUUCUGGGUGGGAUGAUUUGGGGUGCUGACAAGGUGCAGACCUUCACGCUGACCCCGACGGUGUUCUUCUUCUACCUGUUGCCGCAAGUCAUCCUGGACGCGGGUUACUCCAUGCCGAACAAGCUCUUCUUCAGCAACAUGGGAGCCAUCCUCGUCUACGCCGUCAUCGGGACCUGCUGGAACGCCGCCAGCCUGGGGCUGUCGCUGUGGGGGUGUCACAUGGGAGGAGCCAUGGGUGACCUGGACAUCGGCCUGCUGCAGUAUCUCCUCUUCGGCAGUCUGAUCGCUGCCGUGGACCCCGUGGCCGUCAUCGCCGUGUUUGAACAAGUCCACGUCAACGAGGUCCUCUUCAUCAUGGUGUUUGGAGAGUCGCUGCUAAACGACGGCGUGACAGUGGUGCUCUUCAAUGUUUUUGAUGCGUUUGUGUCACUGGGAGGAGCCAAAAUUAAUGCUGUGGAGAUCAUUAAAGGAAUAAUCUCUUUCUUUGUGGUGGCGUUCGGUGGUUCCCUCCUGGGCUUUGUGUUCGGCUUGCUGAUCUCUCUCCUGACCAGAUGCACUAAAAACAUCCAGAUCAUCGAGCCAGGCUUUGUCUUCGUCUUGGGAUACCUCGCCUACCUCACAGCUGAGAUGCUCUCCUUGUCUGCCAUCCUGUCGAUUGUUUUCUGCGGCAUGUGCUGCCAGAAGUACAUCAACUCAAACAUGGACGAGAGCUCCGUCACCACGGUCAGAUACGUCAUGAAGGUUUUAGCCAACGGAUCAGAAACCAUCAUCUUCGUGUUCCUCGGCAUCUCCGCCAUCGAUAAGACGAUCUGGGUGUGGAACACGGGCUUCAUCCUGCUCACGCUUUUCUUCAUCUUUGUCUACAGAUUUAUCGGUGUGUUUUUCCUCACCUGGAUCCUGAACAAGUUCAGGUUGGUCCCCGUGGAGUUCAUAGAUCAGGUGAUUAUGAGCUAUGGUGGCCUGCGAGGUGCUGUCGCAUAUGGCCUGGCGACAAUGUUAGAUGGGAACAAAAUAAAGGAGAAGAAUCUGAUGGUUUGCACCACGCUCAUCGUGGUGUACUUCACUGUCAUUCUUCAGGGAAUAACAAUGAAACCUCUGGUCACCUGGCUUAAAGUGAAGAGAGCCGCAGCGUCCGAGCUCACACUCAUAGAAAAAGUGCAGAACAAGGUGUUUGAUCACAUGCUUGUUGCCAUAGAGGAUAUAUCUGGACAAAUAGGACACAACUACAUGAGGGACAAGUGGAAUCAUUUUGAGGAGAAGUGGAUGUCGAGGAUUUUGAUGAAGCCGUCAGCGAGGAAGAACAGAGACUACGUCUUCAAAGUCUUCCAUAAGCUGAACCUCAAAGAUGCUAUGAGCUACGUGGCCGAGGGUGAACGUAGAGGUUCUCUGGAGUUUGUCCGCAACGAAACGGCGUUCGUCGACUUCAAGAAAAAAUUUGGCGACGAAUUCACAGAAGUCAUGCCCGACAUCAUGGCUGACACGUCGGAGGAUCACAGUGGAAUGUCCACUAUGAGAGGAGACCCCGUGCCAUCGGUGAGCCUGGAAAUGCACGAGCAGAACAUGAACGGAGUGAGGGAAACAGAGGACGUUAACAGUCACCACCUGCUGCAGCAGCAUCUGUACAAGGGAAGGAAACAGCACCGUCACAGAUACAGCCGGAGCCAUUUCGACGUCAACAAGGAUGAAAACGAGGUGCAGGAGAUCUUCCAGAGGACCAUGAGGAGUCGUUUGGAGUCUUUUAAGUCUGCAAAGAUGGGCGUCGCUCCACCAAAGCACAUUACAAAGCACACAAAGAAAGACCAGCUGCAAAAGAUGCCAAAUGGAAAAUCACUGGACAAAAGUAGAAGUUAUCAUUCUGGUGACGAAGAUUUUGAGUUCUCAGAGGGAGACAGCGCCUCUGGCUUUGAGGCAUCAGGCGGUUCAUUCCCCAUGAGGGUCACCUACAGAGCAGGAGCUGGUAUCGAGAACCCAGCCUUCAUGCCGGACCUGGACCCGUUGGCGCAGGUCCAGAUCCCUCCGUGGUUGGCGGAGGCCGAGCUCGACAGCAGCAUGGUGGCUCCUUCUCAGCGUGCACAGGUGAGGCUGCCGUGGACGCCCAGCAACCUGCGCCGCCUGGCUCCUCUCCGCAUCAGCACUCACUCCACCGACUCCUUCAUGCUGGCCGACGCUCCCGGUGCGCAGCAGAGGGACAACGAGCGGCUGCCUCCACCUCCACCUCCUCCGCCACCGCCUCACAGAGACGAUGACCACAUGUAGCAGCAGCACCCAACCCCCACCUUCAUCUCCCUUUAACCUGGCUGCCAAAGACACAGACCUAACCUCAGACUUUGCACUCUCUGAAUAUUUACUAGGGAAUGUUUUCUUUUCCGUGCAGUUGUUUAAUCUUAGGCGUGAGUUUUUAGACGAAACAUUCACAGUCCCACGACCUUUGUGCUCCUGAGGCAGCUCUGCUUGUUGAUCUAACUUCACCCUUCACUGAGCAAAGCCGAGCUGCACGUAAAGCGACAGAGAUGUUGAACAUUAUCACUUCUUCUCCUCUGGUUCACGGUCAGACAUUGCAAAUUAACCCCCCCCUCCUCCGUAGAAUAUCUUAUCCCUGAAUGUGAUGCACAAACCUUUUUUUUUCAAGAUAUUUAUGAAUAGUGUUGUUUAUAAUAAAUUUAAUGAGAGUGACAUGAAAAAUAAUUCAAAUGUUUUAAUCUGAAAAUAACAUUUCGUGUGUGUUCUUGUCUCAGGACGGUACUUGAGAUUGAAAAUGAAACUUGAAGAAUAAAACGUCACAUGUAUGAUAAAAAAAAUAUUUAUUCAUAAAUUAACUUGGGUGUUAUUUCACCAUCUGAAAUCUGCAACCAGAGAAUGAUUGUAGUGUUUUAUUAAUAAUUAACUUAAAGGAUUAAGUGAUUAUCUAAAAAUCAUUGUUAAUCCUGCAUAACUUUAAGCCUUAAUAUAAUGUGAACAGGUGAGUUGUAUAUAAAUUCACCCUCAGUACAGUUGUCAUGAACCGGGAAAUUAGCUACAGAGACCAAAACUGUUUUUUGUACCAGGCUGUAAACAUGUUUAUUAAGACAUUUGAGGAACUGCAGUUUUUGACACCUCUGCAUCGACUUUGAUUUUCACUUUAAAAGCCUAACACUGUAAAGGAAGGAUUAUGCCAUUGGAAGGCUUUUAAUUUGUAGCAAUCUGUGCAGGAUGUGUUGAGCCCCACGGGGAUUUAAAAGAUUUAAAAAAUUUAAUUUAAAAAUAAUGAGUCACUUUCGGCUGCUUUAAUAUUAUCAAAAUGAAAAUGAACUCAGAUGAAAAUGUGUCUUUACAUUUUAACUAAAUGUUUUGUUAUUAGCAGAUUCAAUAAAUAAAACUGAAGUAAAUAAAGUAAAACUUUUGAUUUCUAUUU